AUGCUGGCCUUCGUGGCGGUGUACAUACACCGCACACAGCUUCUCGCACUGGUGGACACCGGCUCCGAGGCGACUCUCAUUUCUCCUUUCCUCGCAGAGCUCCUCAAUUUACCGAUCAACUGGGCGUUCACGGGGGAGGCUUCUCACCACACAUCCAGCAGGUCUGGCUGUUUGUCUACGUCGCCUGAAGCAACAUUGUGGCCGCCGUCCUCCUCCAUAGCAGCGCAGUCCGGGCGCCAGCAGGUGCGCGUUUCCCUUUCUCCUCAGUCGUCGCGGUCGUCCUCCCUCGUGCACGGGUCUUGCUCUCGCCACCACAAGGAUGAGGAGACACCACAAAACUGUGGGUCGCGGAUCAUUGGCCGAGUGGAAAACCUCUGCGUAACGUUCCCGGUUGUCCCCGUCGAACUGGAAGCCAAGCAGACAGAGGCAGCUGACAAGGCUAGCAAGCGGCUUUUGAGGGGAUCUCGAUGCGACCUGGGGGCGGGGCGCCAAGACAGGAGUGCCUCCUGCGGCGCAGCACCAGGGGAAUCCAAGCGACGCGCUGCAGACGAGCACGCAAAUGAGGAAGACGGCCAGGAGAGGCGCGCAUCUGCGAAGUCCUGCUUGCUUCCCGUUGUAUGUGAUGCCGUGGUGCUUGCGUCUCAAUCGGCGGACCAGAGGCCGGGCCUGUCUCCUUCAUCACCGUUCUCCUUUGUCUUGGGCUUAGACGCUUUGCUGGCACUUGGUGCAGUCGUCGAUUUUCCGCGCCGAAGACUUCUGCUUGGAGACGGUCAGUUCGCCGCCCCUUUGUUCGUUGGCCCCCCGUCCGCCUUUGGCGCCUUUCUACGGGAGGGCCGGCGCGCGUUCGGCGGCGAUCCGGUGGCGCCGGCGCGCACCUGCUCAGACGAGAAGGAGGACGGGCGAAUUCCGCCCACUCGCCAGUUGGAAUGA